AUGCAAAUUGAAAUCGUAUGGGCAAAUCCAAAAGCCAUUACAGUUACACUUCAAGAUCGAAGAAUCACUGAUGACAGUCGAAUCAGUGUCGAAAGACCAACAACAACAUCUUGGAACUUGCACAUCCGUGAAGUAGAACCAUCUGAUGGAGGAAUAUACUCUUGCCACAUCAAUACCUCUCCCGUUAAAGUCAAACGGAUAAACCUAAUUGUCCAAGUGCCGCCGAAAAUCAUUGAACACUUAUCAAGCGUAGAUACGAACGUAAGAGAAGGGGAAACAGUUAGUUUAGUUUGCAAUGUAACAGGAAUACCUCAGCCAACCGUCACUUGGUACCGACAAAAAAGACAUGAAGGUGGUGUAAAAGAACCCUGCUGGUAUGGAACAAAGUCUGCAGUAACCGCUCCUUCUACGCAUAAUCGCAUCCAGUACUUACGGUCUUCCUCGACAUAUUCCCAGUUGACAGAGGUUGGACCGCCAGGAGAAGUGCUUAUCAUCCACAACGUGACGCGUUACUGUGAUGAUAUAUAUACCUGUGAAGCUUCAAAUGGUGUCCCACCGAAUUCCUACCGAAAAAUUGCAGUUAAAGUUUUAUUUUUACCUGACGUACGCUUACCAAUUAAGCGAAUGGGACAAAUCCGAGGGAAAGAAACUAUUUUGGAUUGCAUGAUAACUGCCGUGCCUUUAGGAGGUAUGUCAUGGGAAAGAAAUGGAGUUACACUGAAGAAAUCUUGGAAAUAUCGGAUUGAACCUUACGAUGAAUCUGGAAAUUCCUAUACACUUAGCAUUCGCAUUAUUGACUUGAACAAAGAUGAUUUCGGAGAAUACACAUGUGUGGCUUCGAAUAUAUUAGGCGAAGAUCAAGAAACGAUGAUUUUGUACGAUGCAACUGCAGAGAAAGAAGAAAUUUCACCACCUAGAGUGAGUAAUCAUGAUAAGAACAAAGAUUCCACAACUAGGAAAAAUGGGAAAUCGAGAAUGGGAAAUCCGCCACGCACGGAUAUAAGAUCUGACAUACCAACGCCGCCAGAUGACACCAGAUCACCUCAUCGACUUGGUGGUACUCUCUUCCCACCCAAUAUAGGCAGCGGUGAAUGUAGAUUAGAAUGGAAUGGAAGACUAUCGCUUUCGCUUGUCAGCUUAUUCAUUGCAUUGCUUUGUUUCUAUAUGGAGUAAAUUAAAAGCAGACAUUUUGGUAAUGUACUGCUUUGCCUCUGCCCGAUUUCCAGGCUCCUCACAAGAAUAUUGUUGUUUUUUCCAUAGAAUGCGACAAUGUUUUGCAAAUUUAAAAUCCAUAUAAUUUUCUUUGAAAGAAAUAUGAAAUGGUUGUUGCAAACAAAAUUGGCCUACAAAAACACAUUUCCAGAGACUCUCAGGUUUUCUUUGAAUUAUACGUGUUUAUAUUUUGCUAUAAUAUCGUAAAUUGACGGUAUCAACCAAAAAUACUAAUUGAAAGGCAUUGAUGAGAAAUUGUGUGCGUGAAAGAAAAGAAGAAACCUAAACAGUGAGACAGGCAGAGAGAGAGAAAGAGAAAGAGUAUAGGAAAAGAGGGAGAGGAAAGAAAACGUGGAGGGGAAGAAGAAAAAUAUAUAAAGAAAUUAUUAAGCGUGAAGGGGAGAUUACAAAUAGAGUAUCAUCAAAGAACUUAAAUACAAGAAUUAAACGAACCUGGUAAAUACAAUUCAGGGAACAUUGAGCAACACUUCCUAAUCUCCAAUUGUUGCGUUAAGAUAUUUAUGUGUGUGUACUUUUAUACACAUCUAUGCUUGCAUACAUUUACACGCCGCAUCGAUUAACAUGAAUUUACACGCACAUAUCACUUUAGCGUCAUACACUCAAUCGUUUAGACUACAUGUCUAUAAUUCAUGCGCAUGUACAGAAAAACGUACUACACACAGACAUACAGACAUAGACACAGAUACAAAAAUACACGCUUGCGACUAUGUAUAUAUACAUAUAUAUAUAUGUAUGUACUACGUAUA